UUUACCCUUCGAAUAUCAAGUUCAUGUCUUCUAGCAGCACUCUUUUGUCAGAAGCGCUGUUCCAGUGCGGCAUCUGUCAGGAUGUCUUCUGCGAGCCAGUUUCCGUUUCCUGCGGCCACAGCUUCUGCCGCGGCUGCAUCACGUCCCACUGGGAUCAGAUCGCCGCUUCCAGCUGCCCCAAAUGCCACACGCUCUUCGCCGCUCGGCCGGAGCUCUGCCAAAACUCCUUCGCCAAGGAGAUGUCCGAGCACAUCCGAGCUCGGAGGACGCAGAUGGAAUCGGAGGUGCGGGAGAUGAUCCGGGAUCGACUCGGGAAAGUGGCGGAGAUUAAACGCUGCUUGGAGCUGAGUAAAGAAAAGGCCAAGUUGGAGUUAGACCGCAGUGCAGAGAUCUUCUCCGCUCUGUUCCGGUCCCUGGAGAAGAGCAGGGCAGAGCUGCGGGAGACUAUCCACAGACGGCAGGCGGCGAUGGAACAGAGAGCCCAGAGACUAAUGGCGGAACUGGAGCUAGAGAUCAACGAGCUAGAGGGGAGACGGACGGAGAUGGAGUCACUCCUGCCCCCGGACGACCGCCUGCGUCUUCUGCGGAGGUCUUCAGAAUUGUCUUCAGCGUCCGAGUCCUGUUGCGAUAGCCUCGUCAGUUCUUUCCCGUGCGUGGCCAUCGCGAGGAGAGUUUUGGCCCAUGUUGAGCAACAACUAUGCUGUUUUUUAAAGACGCUUGCCAUUGAAGAACAUGACAUGAUGCUGCAGUAUGCAGCGGAUGUCUAUCUGGACCCCAGGACAGCCAACCCUUGGCUGGAUCUGUCCGAGGACGGGAGACGGGUUCAGGACGGAGAUGUCGAAAGGAACCUUCCGGAUCUGCCCGAGCGCUUUGACACUGUACCGUGUGUGAUAGCUACCAAGGGUUUCACCACUGGGAGGCACUAUUGGGAAGUGGAAGUUGGGGAUAAGACAUCGUGGGACCUCGGGGUGGCUCUGGGGUCCAUCAACCGGAAAGGAUUGGUGAUACUGAGCCCGCAAGACGGAUACUGGGUUGUGUGUCUGAGGAAGGCCAAUGAAUACCGGGCCUGCGAGGCUCAGGCGCAGCUUCUGUAUGUCGGCCGGAGACCGAAGGUCAUCGGGCUUUUUUUGGACGUGGCGAACGGGACGCUGUCCUUCUUCGAUGCGGAGGCCAAGUCGCACAUCUACUCCUUUACGCGCGCUCGCUUCACAGAGGCCGUUUUUCCUCUUUUUAAUCCGGAUGUGAGCGACGACGGAAGGAACGGCUCGCCGCUCAUCAUCCGGCCUCCGAAUGGAGGCGUGACUUGUGAUCAUCUUAUGAUAUGAUAAAAUAAUACUGAUUCAAAACACAUCAUCAA